AUAUAUGAUAAUGGAACAUCUUUUUAAACAAUUUUUUUUAGCUUAAAGAUGGAAGACAAAUCAGAGUGUCUUACGAAAUCAUGCACAGAUUACUCGAAACCUUCCUCAGCGGAGAUUUCCGUGUCAGGAACAAAAUUUGAAAUUCCUGUAAAAAAUAUCCUGAAAUAUCCAGGGACUUUAUUGGAAAAAAUGUUACCUGAAUUAACGGAGAAAACAGAGAUUUCUUUCAACCGUCCAGAUGACGCAUUCAAAUCCAUUCAGAAUUUUUAUCUUACCAGCAAGCUACAUAUGGCCCGUAAUAUGUGUCCCGAGGAAUUCGCCGAAGAAAUGGAAUAUUGGGGAAUAAAAACAGAAAUGCUGGAACCAUGCUGUCUUUACAGAUAUUUGGCGUUCAAACAACAGGAAGAAAUGACAAGACAAUUCCGUAAAACAAUUCACCCGACGUCAGAACCUGAAACAACCAAGUGUUCCUCGUGGAGACAGAGGCUCUGGUUAAUCGUAGACAACAGAGAUUCCUCACCACUGGCCAAGGUUUAAAAAGGCUAACUUCUUGAAUGACCAAUUUAGUUUUUUUUAAUCUACUAAACAAAGGGGAAAGUGAAACGGAUGAUAGAUAUUUCAAUUUCAAAAUCUUGUUAUCAGUAUCAUCUGUGCAAUGAAUACUUCCUAAAAACCAACUUAUAUUAUUUCUAAACUAGCACACGGUAAAGACAUAUUCCUCACUUCAACUCAAAUUUUAACAAUAUAUAUGUUUGUAAAAAAACUGAUGCCUCCGUACAACAAGUUCAAGGCCAAGGUUUAAGUUUCUCAAAUGUAGGCCAAACUCUAAUGUCAUGAUCAUGAGUUCAAAAAUGUUGGUACUCAAAAAGAUACUGUUACAAGUAAUACAUAUCUGAAAUAUGAAAGUCCUGGCAGCAACCAUUCAGAAUA